GCCGCUGUCGCGGGGCAGGGAGCCCCUGUGUCGUGCGGGCGGGCGGCCCCGUGCGCUUCCUUUCCCCGCCCGGCAGCGCUAGCGGCGGCCGCAAGAUGCCCGGCGUCACCGUGAAAGACGUGAACCAGCAGGAGUUCGUGCGGGCCUUGGCUGCUUUCCUCAAGAAGUCAGGUAAACUCAAAGUACCUGAAUGGGUCGACACGGUCAAACUGGCCAAGCACAAGGAGCUGGCCCCAUACGAUGAGAACUGGUUUUACACCCGAGCCGCUUCCACAGCCCGCCACUUGUACCUCCGUGGCGGUGCUGGCGUAGGUUCCAUGACCAAGAUCUACGGAGGCCGUCAGCGCAAUGGGGUGAUGCCCAGCCAUUUCAGCCGGGGCUCCAAGAGUGUUGCUCGGAGGGUAUUGCAAGCUCUGGAGGGGCUCAAAAUGGUGGAGAAAGACCAGGAUGGAGGUCGCAAACUCACUCCUCAAGGACAGAGAGAUCUGGACAGAAUUGCAGGACAGGUGGCAGCUGCAAGCAAGAAACAUUAGAAUGAGCAGGUUCACAUAAUAAAAAAUCAAUUUGCA